UCCAGCUCAUGGCUAUGGACAGUGCUAUCACCCUGUGGCAGUUCCUCCUUCAGCUCCUGCAGGAGCCGCAGAACAAGCACAUGAUCUGCUGGACCUCUGACAACGGGGAGUUCAAGCUUUUGCAGGCGGAAGAAGUGGCUCGGCUCUGGGGGAUUCGCAAGAACAAGCCUAACAUGAACUACGACAAGCUCAGCCGAGCCCUCAGAUACUAUUAUGUAAAGAAUAUCAUAAAAAAAGUGAACGGUCAGAAGUUUGUGUACAAGUUCGUCUCUUACCCGGAGAUUCUGAGCAUGGAUCCGAUGAAGGUGGGCAGGGUUGAGGGAGACUGUGAGGCCCUGAGCGGCGGUGAGGGCGGCGGCGGCUCCAGAGACGCGGAGAGCGGAGGGAAGGAGCGGCCCCCGCAGCCCGGUGCCAAGGCCUCGAGCCGCAACGACUACAUACACUCCGGCUUGUACUCUUCGUUCACCCUCAACUCUCUGAACUCCUCCAAGAGGAAGCUCCUCAAGUCUAUAAAGAUUGAGAAUCCGGCUGAGAAACUGGCAGAGAAGAAACCUCAGGAGCCGGCACCAUCCGUCAUUAAGUUUGUAACCACGCCUUCCAAAAAGCCACCGGUGGAACCCGUGGCUGCCACCGUUUCAACCGGCGCCAGUAUUUCCCCGUCUUCGGAAGACACUCUCCAAGCGCUGGAGACGCUGCCUUCCCUGGAAGCCCCGGCCUCGGCCUGCAGUGUCGCCGCCGCGUUUCCCAGCACCCCUGUCCCGUCCCCUUCCUUCCAGGAGCCUCCCAGGUCACCCUCCCCGCCGCUCAGCUCCAACCCGGACAUCGACACGGACAUUGACUCUGUGGGGCUGCCAGAGAGCUUGGCCCUGGAGCCCCAAGGACCGGGACUUCGGGCCUUGCCGGGGAAGGACAAAGCCAACGGCUCGUCCAGAUCCAAGAAGCCCAAGGGGCUGGAGCUGGCCCCCAUCCUCCUGAUCACGGGCAGCGACCCCAGCCCCCUGGGGAUCCUGAGCCCCUCGCUCCCCACAGCCUCUCUCACGCCAGCACUGUUCUCACAGACGCCCAUCUUACUGACUCCCAGCCCCUUGCUCUCCAGCAUCCACUUCUGGAGCACCCUCAGCCCCGUCGCUCCCCUCAGCCCGGCCAGACUGCAAGGCGCUAACACGCUUUUCCAGUUUCCUUCUGUUCUGAACAGUCAUGGGCCGUUCACUCUGUCUGGCCUGGAUGGACCUUCCACCCCCGGCCCCUUUUCCCCAGAUCUGCAGAAGACAUAACCGAUGCACUUGCAGAAAGAGAACCAAGGAACAAAGGAACAGAGGGACACUCCGCAUGAUCGCCUUCGGAGUGAGUGAUGGAUGGUUCCACGUGCUGGUAAUAGACCAUCGUGACUUUUGCUAUUCCCAUCGAAAUGCCUUGUUAGGAUUCCCUUCCAGGAAGACUCACGUUGGACUGUGCUUGAAAGUGCCUUAAUUGGAGUCUGAACUCCACCUCCCUCUUUUUCUUUCUUUUAUUUUUCUAACAAAUACUUGAGCUUUGUGUUAAGGACAUUUUUGGUGGGGUUUAGCAGCUAGCUAUGUUUUGCAAGAGCAGCUAAGAACAAAGUUAUUCCUUCUGCCUUAUUGGGACCCUUCAGUCGGAAAAAAAAAAUUAUGCUUUGAGCAUAUUAUUUAAAGAAACACGAGUUAAGUGAAAUUGGCCACAUCUCUAAGAGUAAGUGUGCUUUGUUGGAUAACGAGAAGUGAGCUGUGCAUAAGCAGGAGAGGAAAAAGAGUGAUUUCUGUUCACUCGGAGGAAGACUGGAGCAGUGCUCUGGGGGUGGUUCUGUCUAUGUUGCUGUGUAGUCUAACCUAUGAAAAGCAACUCUGCAAAGACGCAUCCUACUUACAUUUGUUUAGGAGGGUCGCUCAGCCAUACAUGUGUGUGAUCUUGUUCUGUCUACAGAGCAUGGAGUUAGUCCAUUUUAAUGGAGGGAGAUUUUUAAACCUGGGGUGAGAAUAGGGGACCCCAUCUCUCGCACAGAAAAGCGGGCUGCUCGCUGGGUGUUACAGUUCCACAUCCGUGGGCGACCGCGUGGUGAAUGACCGCUUCUAGGAGAAUAAGCCCGGGCUUUGAGAUUUAGAGGCGUCCCCGAGUAAAAGAUCCAGGUGAAGAACUUGAAACCACGAGUGGCUUUUCCCAGUUUGAGGAUGCAUCCCGGCAUGAAGGACCCUUUCUCUUUCCUGUUCAUUGUACCUCGUUUUCCGCUGGAUGUUGCUCUUCUUUCAAAUGUAAGGUUGGGAGAGGCCGUGAUAGUUUUGAGGAUGCAAUUAGGAAGAUGAAAAGCCUCCAGAUCUGUAGUGAGGUAAAGGUGUGCUGAUGUCUUUGCAUGUUUCUUUUUAAAUUAGGGAGGAGCAGAAUUCCUUUGGGAAUUCUCAUGCAUAGGAAUUAGAUGGUUCCUAUUAGUCGUGAAAAAUGUGGGCCCUCCAGUACCCACCAGUCUCUACAGUACCAAAUUCAUAAAAUACUACUUUAUGGUCAUCCAUGCCAGCUUUGUUGAUCCCCCAAACUGAAUCGAUACCAACGUCUCAGUGGAAUCUUUUGAAAAUCUUGGCUUUAAAGUCCAGGAUUAGAUAGUAUAGGCGGCCACCCCCUCCGUCCCCCCGACCCCACUCUGUCCAUUAAACUAUUCUUUUAACCCUAGAAACAGUUCCUAUAGCUCAAUCGCAGGAACUAAAUGGAAUGAGGGAAUAAGGAAUUGAGGGCUCAAAGGGACCCUGAUACAAACCAGCACUUUCCAGGUGUGCAGUCUGUAAGUGUGUUUCCACCCAGGGAGGAGCAGCGCUCGUGUAAGACGGCUGUGCUAGUGCAGUGGUAGCGGAGGGACAGUGUUCAGGGAGCUGCCUUUGCUUUCGGAGCGUUGGAGACCCAUUCCUGCUUCCUCGGUGGUCUCAGCCGAAAGGCCUGUUCCCGAGACGUGCAAUAGCAGCGUGGAGAGGUCGUGCUGUUCAGUAGCGAUGCACAGACUUCCCGGACUCCCCCCAUAUUGAAUGGUUUAGUCCGCAUGCCUGCUUGAAAGUGGCCCUCUCAGCAGCACUUUGGAAUAGUUUCAUUAGGUGGCUUAACGUUUUGUACAUUAAAUAAGUAAAUACUGAUGGGUUGACUGAAUUAGAUAUUUAAAAUUGUGGAAGCACAAAAAAUACCUUUUGGAAUUAAAGGAGAAUAGCCAUUGGUUUGUUUUCCCAGAUGCUCUCUUUCAUAAUUAACUGUUUCAGCACAGGGGUGCCUGGGAAGCGAGGAUUGGAACUGAGUCAGAGCAACUUCCUAGGAACGAGUGUUGGUGGAUCCUCGGUCCGUAAACCUACCCCGGAGGCCUCUAGGAGGCAGAUGGUGACUCGCUUCCUCUUUGAGAUCAGUUAAUAAGCUUUUGUGUGUGUGUGUGUGUGUCCUUUUUUAAAUGAAAGUUUACAACCUUAGCUCAAGUGUCUGAGACAGACCGUUCUGUUUGUAAACUACCUCCUCCCUGGAGAAGUCUCAGAUCCAUAUUUUUUUGGGCAUCCACGGAGUUCUUAGCAUCCACAGGUGACAUACCACUUCGGACCAGUACACUGGAGAGACUUCCGUUUGGUAGCCGUCGCUGGUAUCCAUCACCAGCCCCUCAGCCAGGAUGAAUGUUGGUGGGCGAAGGCAGCCUAAGUUGGGACUGGGGAGCAGGUUGCAUGAGUCUUUGAGACAUCUGCUGCGAUUAUCUUAGCUCUCCGUCUGCUCUGGUCCAUAUCUACUCAGUUGUGUGCUGGAAACUGUUUAACUGCCAGGCUCUCUGGAGGGGAAAAGAAGCCCUGACGUGUAGCAUUUGCCGAUUCCCAUGUGAGACUUCCUCCCCGUAGGGCUGAUUUUAGCUACCACCUUGGAGCUGAGAGAGGACGCGCACAGCCGCACCCUCAGCCUGCAGCCCGUGCCUUCAUUCCGCCCUGGGGUGGUGGAUUUUCACACAGUUCCUAAAACAUUCUUUUUCUCAUAUGCUCAUUUUUAAAAAUACAAAAUUAAAACCACAUGUCUGACUUCA